GCCUCUCGGGCUCCCAGCUUAGCGCAGAGGAGGCGCGGCGACACCGCGGGGCGCGGCCGAGGGGAGGAGAGAGCAGAGCGCGGGCGAGCGCCGAGCUGGCCGGGCCUCGCGGGGCCGCUGCUCCGCCAAUCUGCGGGCGCUGACGCGGGGGGCGGCUCCACGGCGCUCGGAUAUCAGCUGGCCUGGCGCGGGGCGCCUGGAGCUCCGCCGUGCGGGCGCUGCGCUCCGGGUCGGCCCGCUGCACCUGCCAGAUCGCGGCUUCGCCCCGCGCGCCCCCUCGCGCUCCCCUUUUCGCUCCAGUCUCUCCAGCCCGGCCUUCUAGCCGCAACCUGACAACGCGGAGAAGUAGCCUUGUCACCCGACCAACACCCGGAGUGGCCCAGCGGGAGCUUGGCACUCUGGAUCGGAACCGUCGCGCCCCGACCAGGAUGAACAGCCGCGCCUCUUGCCUACACGCCCAAUGAGUGUGGUAGCCGUCCCGGAGACCUUCGUCCGCUGCUGUGUUCCUUGUCACUUCUGCCACCAGAUCCACCGACAAAGGCCACUGGCUGCUCCCCGAGAUGGCCUGGAGAGCUGGUGCUUUGGUAGCGGGUGUCCUCCACCACGUCCGAGUCUGGGGACAGCCCCUGAGCUGGUAGCUGCUCGUGCGCUGAAUGGACCUUGACCCGCGAGUCGUUGUCGGCUUGGUGCCAAGCUGAGGGGUGCCGGUGUAGCGCGCAUCCGGAACCCCCUGAGCACGCUGGCCUGCGCGGUCAUGAAGAUGAUCCUGGUGCGCAGGUUUCGCGUGCUCAUCCUAGUGGUGUUCUUACUGGCUUGCGCUUUGCACAUUGCUGUUGACCUGCUACCCAAGCUGGACCGGCGCGCUGUGCGAUCCACGGGGGAACCCGGCUGUUCCUGCGCUCAGCCGGCGGCAGAGGCAGCUGGCCCAGGCUGGGCCCAGGCGAGGAGCCGCCCGGGGGAGUCCGCCGGUGGCGACGCAGGCUGGCCCAACAAGCACACACUGCGCAUCCUGCAAGACUUCAGCUCAGAUCCAGCCUCUAACCUAACCUCCCACUCCUUGGAGAAGCUGCCUCCUGCAGCAGAGCCGGUUGAUCACGCCCCACGGGGCCAGGAGCCCGGCUCCCCGCCACUCCGUGACCGUGCGCACCGCCCGCUGCUAAGAGACCCUGGGCUUCGGCCACGGGUGCCGCCCUCUGACCCCAGCGGGGACGGAUCGCUCUUAGCCAAGUUGUUUGAGCACCCACUUUACCAGGGUGCUGUGCCUCCUCUGACAGAGGACGACGUCCUGUUUAAUGUGAACAGCGACAUCAGGUUUAACCCCAAGGCAGCGGCAGAAAAUCCAGACUGGCCACAGGAAGGUGCUGAAGGAGCAGAUUUCUUGCCUACUGGCGAAGCAGCCGUGGACCUCUAUCCUAAUUGGCUCAAAUUCCACAUCGGCAUCAACCGGUAUGAGCUGUACUCCAGGCACAACCCAGCCAUCGACGCUUUGUUGCAGGACCUCGGCUCUCAGAAGAUCACCAGCGUCGCCAUGAAGUCAGGGGGCACACAACUGAAGCUCAUCAUGACCUUCCAGAAUUACGGGCAGGCGUUAUUCAAACCCAUGAAGCAGACGAGAGAGCAGGAGACACCGCCUGACUUUUUUUAUUUCUCUGACUAUGAGAGGCACAAUGCGGAGAUCGCUGCUUUCCACCUUGACAGGAUCCUGGAUUUCCGCAGAGUCCCUCCUGUGGCUGGCAGGAUGAUCAACAUGACCAAGGAGAUCCGGGAUGUCACACGGGACAAGAAGCUGUGGAGAACCUUCUUUGUGUCUCCAGCCAAUAACAUCUGCUUCUAUGGGGAAUGUUCCUACUACUGUUCCACGGAGCAUGCCCUGUGCGGGAGACCCGACCAGAUCGAAGGCUCCCUGGCGGCCUUUCUGCCUGACCUGUCGCUGGCCAAGAGGAAGACAUGGCGGAACCCCUGGCGUCGUUCCUACCACAAGCGAAAGAAGGCCGAAUGGGAAGUGGACCCCGAUUACUGUGAGGAGGUGAAGCAGACGCCACCCUACGACAGUGGCCACCGAAUCCUGGACAUCAUGGACAUGACUGUCUUUGAUUUCCUCAUGGGAAACAUGGACCGACAUCACUACGAGACCUUUGAGAAGUUCGGGAAUGAGACCUUCAUCAUACACUUGGAUAACGGGCGCGGGUUUGGGAAAUACUCACAUGAUGAGCUCUCCAUUCUAGCACCUCUUCAUCAGUGCUGCAGGAUCCGGAGAUCCACCUACCUGAGGCUGCAGCUGCUGGCUAAGGAGGAGCACAAACUGAGCCUGCUGAUGGCCGAGUCCCUGCAGCGUGACAAGGUGGCUCCUGUGCUUUACCAGCUGCACCUGGAGGCCCUGGACCGGCGGCUGCGCAUAGUGCUGCAGGCCGUGCGAGACUGCGUGGAGAAGGACGGGUUGAGCAGUGUGGUGGAGGACGACCUAGCCACUGAGCACAGAGCCGCUACCGAGAGGUAGUGACCCGCACUGCCCUUGAGGAAGGAGCGCAGAGCCUAGCCACCUGUGAAUUCAGUGAAUUCAGAUGGGACGGGUCAUCCCCUUCGGCUGACCUGUGGCAGGGAGCAUGGGGUCUCCCUCCUGUCUCUGAUAGGGAUGUGUGGGCCUCUGGAUCCAGCAGAGACCGGACAAAGCACUCUGGACAUGGAGGAAAGAAACCUUGACUCACUGUUUUAUACUUAACAAAAGGCUCACACUCCCGUCGAUGGAGAUCCACCCAGCAGAUCAGAGAUCACCUCUGGAGCACUUUGAGGACCUCCGGUGAUGUGAUCACACGCUGGCCCUCAAUGACAUCCACUUUCUGCUCUCCCUUCCCGGAGCCUCCUCCCUCAGAGGCUGCAGAGCUCCAGGGAGGGGAGGCUCGGAUGGACAUCAUGGCCUGUGCGUGGGCAGAUGAGUGCCCAAGAAUGGGGCUUUGGAUACAAGUGACCAGCUAUCCACUUGUUCGCUGCUGCACAGUAGCCAGGCCUUACUCGUUGGCGGUGGACACUGCCUGCCUCGGCUGAGCUCUGGACAGUGGGUGCCAAGGCACCCUGCAGGGCUCAUGGUCGGUCCCAGGGCAGCAGGUGAACCUUGGGACAUUUUUGUGGAGUAGUUUGCAGUGGGGUGACAGUGCAAUAAAGGGACAGCAAGUGUGUGCCGUGGCUCAAUGGGGUGGGGCCUCACUCCUUGGUUCAGCUGCCCUCCUAGACAGCCCAACAGUGUGGCCAAGUUCUGCCCUUAUGGUGUCUGUGUGACCAGGUCUUCAGCCUGAUAGGGCUAUGGAGGGAGCUACCUGCCCAACCCCCAGUACAUAUGCAAGCUAAGCAAGGCCUAUGCUCCAAAGGGACAGGGGAAAGGAGGUGACAUGAAGUUAGCUAUUUCCUGCCUCACUCCUGCAAAGUUUGGGGCUCUGAGCCACAGGCGGUCCCCCAAGGGUAGCAUCCACACAGCCCUACGUAGAGUCAUGAUACAACUGAGCAGGAGUCAUAGAAAGGCUUGCCCAGGGGCCAGUGAGAGCUGAAAGCUAUUGCAGUGUUGGUACCAGGGCUCAGAUAUGGUUUCUAUUGCUAUGAAGAGACCCCAUGGCCAUAGCAACUAUUACAAAGAAAAAACAUUUCAUUGAGGUAGUUGACAUUUUCAGAGGUUCGGUCCAUUAUCAUCAUAGUGGGACAUGGCAGCAUGCAGGCAGACAUAGUGCUAGAGAAGGAGCUGGAAGUGUUACAUCUUGAUCUGCAGGCAACAGGAAGUGAACUGAGACACUGAGUGUGGCUUGAGCAUAUAGGAGGCCUCCAAUCCUGCCUCCACAAUGACACACUUCUCCACCAAGGUCACACCCAUUUCAAUUAAGUCAUACCUCUGAUAUUCCACUCCCUUUGGGGGCCCUUUUCUUUUAAGCCACCACAGACCCCCCCUCCUCUGCUGGAAGAGUCUGUCUUCUUCUAGUAAGCUGCUGCUGUGCUGGGCAGGGACUGGACCUCCUGCAGGAAGCAAGAGUCCAGGAGAGGACAGUGGCCAGGACCCUCUCUGGACCUGUGCACUCCUGAGUCACAAGAAUGUCAAAAAGCCUGCCCUGCCGCUAUUCCAGGCAUUCCCAGCUCUGUCAUCUAGAACCCAACAG